GGCCGGACGGCCCCCCGCCCCUCGCCGCGAGGGGCCCGCCAGCAGCAUGGCCACCGCCGCCGCGCCUGCGAGUCGGCCCUGCUCGGGCGGGCCGCGGGACCUCGUGUGGCUCGUUUUAGGAUGGAGGAUAGCCUCAAGUAUUAUUUGGUCUGUGCUGCUUCUGCCCAUCUCCACCAUUGUGUAUAUAAUACUUAGUGGCAUUGAUUUAUGGCAUCCGAUACAAUGGCUGUCAGAUUCUUUCAGUGACCUUUGUAGCUCCUCUGUAAUCUUCUACCUCUUGUUGCUGUCAGUGAUAAUAGUGGUGAUAAGUAUUUUCAAUGUGGAGUUCUAUACAGUUGCGCCUUGCAUUCCCUGCACCAGACUGGCACUGAUUGGGAAGAUCAUCCACCCCCAACAGCUCCUGCAUUCUUUCAUUCACGGUGUGAUGGGAAUGAUGAUGGCGUGGUGUGCGGCAGUGGUAACCAAGAGCAAGUACAGUUUUCUUGUGGUUCCCUGCCCUGGAACCAAGAGUUUAGAUAGCCCUGCUGCCCAAAACUGCUUAAAUGAGAAUCACCUAUUUUUCCUGUUGGCUGGAGCAUUUAUUGGCUAUAGCUAUAGUCUCCUGUAUUUUAUCAACAACAUGAACUACAUUCCAUUUCCCAUCAUCCAGCAAUACAAGUUCUUACGCUUUAGGAGAUCUCUGCUCUUACUAGUUAAACAUAGCUGUAUGGAAUCUCUGUUCCUGAUUAGAAAUUUCUGCGUGAUAUAUUAUUUCCUUGGCCAUAUGCCUCGAGCUUGGAUUAGCACUGCUAUGGACCUUCAGAUAGAUGAACCUCUGGACACUCUGAGUGGCCUCCUGGAUCUGUCAUUGCUCUAUCAUGUCUGGCUAUGUGGUGUCUUCCUCCUGACAACUUGGUACAUCUCAUGGCUACUCUUCAAGAUCUUUGCGACAGAGGCGCAUCAGUUCCCCAUCCAGUCACUGUUUGCAGAAGAGUCAGACAAUUGUCUUGGCACGGUGUUGAGCAGCAGACCUCCCCUCAUCAUAAAGUAUUUGGCCUUGCAGGACCUCAUGUUGCUUUCUCAAUAUUCUCCUUCACGAAGACAAGAAGUUUUUAGCCUUAGCCAACCAGGUGGCCAUCCCCACAAUUGGACAGCUAUUUCCAGGGAGUGUUUAAAUCUUCUGAAUGAUAUGACUCAGAAGCUGGUUCUUUACCAAGAAGCUGCUGCUACAAAUGGGAGAGUAAUGUCUACAUCAUACACAGCAGAACCUAAGAAGCCGAAUUCUCUAGAAGAAACUGUUUUUCAGACUCCCAAGGGGAGCCAGAUGCCUCGGCCUUCUGUGCCCUCAUUAGUGAAGACACCCCUGUUUUCCUCAAGAUUAUCCACACCUGAUAUUACAAGUCCCCUGGGAACCCCCUUUGGCUGCAGUGUGGUCAAUCGGAUGACUGGAAUCCUGGAUGUCGACACCUGUUAUAGGACACCCCAGAGUCCACAACUGAGCAGAAGAGGGCCAAGAUUGUGGACUUCCUCCUCCGAUCCACAGAUGACUGAAUUUUCUGAUCCUUCUCCAUCUGCUACCAUUAGAGCUGAGCGCAAGACAGUGAGCCAACCCAAUGUGAUUUAUUCAUGGAUCGAAAAUAAACUUGAACAGAUCAAGAACUUUUUGUCAAGACGGGCGCUGAUAAUGUAUUUUUUCAGUAAGCAUCCAGAGGCCUCCAUUCAAGCAGUAUUCUCAGAUGCCCAAAUGCAUAUCUGGGCAUUAGAAGGUUUGUCCCACUUGGUCGCAGCAUCAUUUACAGAAGAUAAAUUUGGAGUCGUCCAGACCACACUCCCAGCUAUCCUUAACACUUUGUUGACUCUGCAAGAGGCAGUUGACAAGUACUUCAAGCUUCCUCACGCUUCCAGCAAACCACCUCGGAACUCAGGAAACUUCGUGGAUACUUCUUAUAAAACACUAAGAUUUGCAUUUAGAGCAUCGCUAAAAACGGCCAUCUAUCGCAUAACUACUACAUUUGGAGACCAUCUGAAUGCAGUGCAAGCAUCUGCAGAACAUCAGAAAAGACUUCAGCAGUUCUUGGAGUUCAAAGAAUAGUGAAGUAAUAUAAACUGUGUUCAUUACAUUGCUGAUACAACUACAGAUGGGACAGUAAAUGUUCAGCAUUCUUGGAUCAGAAGAAAAUGGACUAAUUAGAUGCUUCCUUUGUCGUGGUGGUUGCUUUGAAAACUAUACUUUAAUGGGAGAAAUCAUGGAAAGAAAUUCUCAACAGAAUAACCCAAAACUGCCUUUUCUGUACCGAUUGCUUUUUUUUCGUGUGUGUGGUAUAAUAAAAUCUUUAUUCAAUUUUACAGAA